UGAUUUGAACCCACCUUUUCUUGGAGGGCAUACAGAGGAUACGCCGUUUCUUUUCGUCAAAUGGCGCACUUCAAAUCCGUCUUUGUGGGGGAGUCGACAUGUCGUCUUUCAUUGUCUCAUUCUUUUAUUUCUCGGUCUCUUUUUCACGCGCCAUGAACACUAGCAACUCAGAGGAGAUUACCACCACAUACAUGGACUCCAUUUCUAUAUUCGAGUCGGAAGAGUAUAGGGAGAGCUGGUUGGUUGUAGAUCGAGGCGGAAACGGGAUAUUCUUUCCUUCCAUAUUGUUUAUUUCCUACAGUCUCCGAAUGUUUGUGUAGCUUUUUGGCAUCUGACAUCAUCUUCUCACGCUCCUUUGGCUCGCGUAUACCCUUCAAUGCCUGCCCUUAGCUUGUGUCGCUUUGAGGAGACUUGUGUUCACAUCCUAAAAUACAUAUGCUC